CCCUCUUUUGUAACGCUCGAAAGAAGUGAUAGAUCUCAAUGGCUGCGAGGCUUUUGCGAGCCGUUGUCCUGGGACCCCCGGGUUCUGGAAAAGGAACAGUGUGCGAGAGGAUCGCCAAGCACUUUGGCCUCCAGCAUCUUUCCAGCGGGCAGUUCUUAAGGGAGAACAUCAAGGCAAACACAGAUGUUGGUAUAUUGGCAAAGCAAUAUCUAGAGAGCGGCCAUUUGGUGCCAGAUCUUGUAUUCACACGUGUCAUGAUGACAGAACUGGACAAAAUGCAGACCCAGCCUUGGUUACUUGAUGGUUUUCCUAGGACCCUGGGUCAAGCUGAAGCACUUGACAGAAUAUGUGAACUAGAUCUGGUGAUAAACUUGAACAUCCCCUUUGAGACACUAAAAGACCGCCUAAGUGCUCGUUGGAUUCACCCAGCUAGUGGACGAGUAUAUAAUAUGGAAUUUAACCCACCUCGUGUGCGUGGGAUAGAUGACAUUACGGGCGAGCCUUUAAUCCAGCAGGAAGAUGAUAAACCUGAGGCUGUUGCUGUCAGGCUAAGGAAAUACAAAGAUGCUGCAAAGCCUGUAAUGGAAUUGUACAAGAACAGAGGGAUCCUACACUCAUUCUCUGGGACAGAGACCAACAAAAUCUGGCCUUAUGUAUAUUCUCUGGUGUCCAGCAAGAUUCCUCCAAUCCAGGCAGAGGAAGUAAAUUAAUCAUCUCUAGACCAGGAACAAGAGGGAACAACUGUUAUGUUUACAGAAGUGUGUGCUGUAUCUGUGCUCUGCUCCCUCCCCUUUUUUCUUUAGGAAAAUGGCUGUUCUUCCUGGAGAAAUGGC